GAGGAAACGAGGACGGAAGCAAAAACGUCUCUAUUAUGAUUUUUGUAUUUUUAACUAACACGGCUAAUGUGACACAUUCACAUGAUUUGGAAGCGCACUUUGUCUCGGAAAAUGUGUUUGACGGUUUGUUAAAGAGAUCAAAACGCUGGGUUGUUACGAUGAGCUUAGCCGAGAUUGACUAGCUGUCUCAGCUAACGCUAGCUGCACCGGUUUACUACAGGUAACGAUAACAAGCUAGUAUAGUGAGCGUUUGCAGCGGCUUUGUGCCAUCGUAAGCUGAAUUAAUGUAUUCUUAAGAGGCAAUUUUUCCAACUCUGAAAAGUUGCCUUGAAAAGAGCGUCUGUGAUUAGUGGGGACAGGUUUGACAGGCUUUAAAUGUUAUCUUUAGUUUUGGUAAUGGUUUUAAGCUGCCCAGCGCACACUGUUUUGCUUCUCUUUAAACGACACAAUAAGGAUGGAGGCAGAGCUUGAGUUUUUGCGUGAUCAAGUCCACAGGUUAAAUUCCGCUCUCAGUCAAUAUCAAUAUGGGCACCACGCUCAGUCCACAUCUUCUCAGGUUGAGGGAGGAAAGACGGGUAGGGUCUCCGUGCCCUGGAUCUCAGACAGAGGCAUAAUGGCUCCUCUGAUAGCUGAGUAUGAUCGGCACAUGGAAGAAAUGAGGAACGAAGAAAUGACUGAACAGCUGCAGAGAUAUCAGGCGCAGAUGACAGAUGUCAAAGUGAAGUUGGAGAGGGUUGUCAAGGAAAAUGAAAGACUUCAUGCAGAGCUGAGAGAGUCUGUUGAGAAGCAGCUUCAUGCCCUCCCCGUGGCUUCAGGAGUAGAGGGCAGCACACUGGAAGAGGAUGCACUCAUCAAAAACCUUCAAGAACAGGUCCACCUGUCUGAACAGGAGAGGAUGCAGGCCACGGAACUGUGGCAGACUGCAGCCCAGGAGCUGGACCGCCUCCAGCAGCUCUACCAGAAGACAAUCUCUGAUGGACAAAUCCAUGAUGCUCAGAGGCAGCAGCUCAAGGAUCAGCUUUUUCAGUUUCAGCAGCACACUUACAAGCUCCAAACAGCCAAUCAGAAACUGGAAUCUACUAACCAGCAGUUCCUGAAGACAGUGACAGAGCAGAGCACCGAGAUGGAGGAGCUACACAGUCAGCUCAGGCAAACCAAAGCUGAAUUGAGGACAGCCACAGCCAAAGUGGAUGAGAUGACCAAGUUGUUGCAGAGUCUUCAGGAACAGAUGCAGAGACGGGAGGAAGACGUGGCUGAAGCACGGGGCCGAGAACAUGCAGCAGAUAGACGGCUCCAGCAGCUUCAGGCAGCCUUGAGCCAGCUGGAGACCAGGUCAGCACACGCUAAACUGAGGCAAGAGGCAGUUCGCAGAGAACAAACUGUGUGGGAGAGAAAGCUGGGGGAACUCCAGGGACGUUGCACCACCCUGGAAGAGGAGAAAUAUGAGGCCCUGUCCAAAGUUCGAGAGAGUGUUCAAGUGGCUGAAGAGGCCACAUUGCAAAGAAAGACCAGGUUAAAAGCAAAGAAACAGAAGACAGAAGAGCUGGAAAAGACAAAGGAAGCAAUCAAACGGUUGAUCCAUGAUGCUACAGUCCGCACCAGGAAAGAGGUGGAAAAUGUUCGCAAACAGUGCAAUGUUCAAAUUCAGUGUAUGGCAGAGGAGCUGUCUGCACUGCAACUGGAGUGUGCAGAUAAAGAGUCUCAGAUUGAAAGGUCCCUGCGAGAGAGAUAAGCUGUAGAGGAGGAACUGGAGAAGCUAUAUAAGGAGGGAAGGGCUGAGCCAGAGUUCAGGAAGAUUGAUGCACUUCAUCAGAGGUGUCUAGAUGCUGAGAGGCUGAAGGAAGACAUAAGUCUCACUCUGCAAAGCACGCAGAACAAACUAAAAAAGAUGGAGAUGGAGUAUAGCGAGGAGUUGUCACGUUCCCAGGAGGAAGUGCGGCGGCUGCAGAGCUCUCUGGCUGCGGCUCGCAAUGACUGCAUUGAUGUCAGUGAGGAGCGGCUGCAGCUGCAGCAGGAGAACUUGCAGCUCCGCAGGGAGAUGGAUGAGCUCCGCAAAGCCACCCUGCUGGUCCAGAGAAAGGCCAAGCAACAGGUUUCUCAGAUGGAGCAAGAGUACAGCUUAAAGGAGCAGGAAUUGGAUGCACGGGUGAGGGAGCUGGAGGAAAGCAGCAGAAGUUCUAGUGCUGAUCUCACGCGCCUUCUUACAGCUCAGCAGAAAAGUACACAGCGAUGGAAGGAAGAGGCCAAGAACCUGGUCCAUGCAUUUGAGACUAAAAUUACAACUCUUAAAGCAGAGCUGAAUCGGCAGAAGCAGCGUUCACAUGAGCUGGAGGUGCAGCUUCAGACUGACCAUAACACAAUUUCUGAGUAUGAGAAGCAGCUCGCAGAGUAUCAAGAGAAGGCGAGUCCUCAGAGACGGCUGACACAAGCAGAACAAAGGGCAGCUUCUGCUUCAACAGCAGCUGAUAGGUUGCAAUCACAGCACAGAAGAAAAACAGCCAUGGUGGAUUCCAGAGCCUGUAUAAUGUGGUACAAGGAAAAAUUGCAGUCAUGAGUUCAUCUUUUUUUUAAAAUACCGAUAUGGAAGAUGUAUUUUUCACUCUUUUAUAAAACAAAAUA